AUGUCCGGUCAACGAGAAGCCUACACGCUGCCCACGCAGACCGGCGGCUUGAAUCAGUUUGCUUCGGGCUUUGCUGCGGGCGACGCAUCGGGCGGUCCGACCGUGCAAUACGUGUGUGGCGAAUGCGCAGCGAAAGUCAGCCUCGGGAGAGGCGAUGCGAUCCGAUGCAGCAUGUGCGGACACAGAGUGCUCUACAAGGAGAGAACGAAGCGUAUGGUCCAGUUCGAAGCUCGGUGA